AUGUUGCCACGAAAAUGCGAGAAUGCGAAAGGAUUCAAAGGAAAGCAAAGAGAAAUUGUCCAGGCUGCUAUAUCAGGGAAAGACGUGUUUGUACUCGCACCGACCGGAAUGGGCAAGGUAGCCGUGUACCCACUCUUAAGCGCAUUUAUGCGACCUAAUGUUGUUGCACCAGAGCUUGUGCUUUCAGCUUCCCGCAUCGGCCGAAAAGAGGUGGCCAGCCUUCAGCGCAAGUACAUACCCGCUAUGGCUCUAACGUCGGACUCCACCCCCGAAGAACGACAGAAGAUCAUAGAUGACUUGGUGUACGGAGAUCCACAGAAUCGAUUGCUCUACACUACACCUGAGAAACUUUGCACGAAGGACAUUACGCGACUCUUGCAAGUGGUGUAUGACGACCACAAGCUCAACAGACUCGUAGUUGACGAGGCUCACUGCAUUUCGGAAUGGGGUCAUGACUUUCGAGCCGAAUAUCGAAAAUUGGGUCAUUUUCGAGAUCGUUUUCCUGAGGUACCCGUCAUGGCUCUUACAGCUACUGCUACGCCGAGCGUGCAGCGCGACAUUAUUCGGAGUCUGAGGAUGGACGAACAGAAUAUGUACAAGGCUGUACACCCCUUCAACAGGGACAAUCUUUUCUAUGAAGUCCGGUAUAAGUCAGGAGUAGACCCGUUAUCUCGGAUGGCAGAGGUGCUGGAUUUCAUUACGACUCUUUACCGCCGGCGCGAGAGACCUUCAUCCGGCAUCAUAUAUUGUCGAACAAGGGCAACAUGUGACGAUCUGUCCGCAUUCCUACGAGGAAAGGGCUUGAGCGCUAGACCGUAUCACCGUGGCAUCAAGUCUAAUGUCCUCGACACUACUCUAAAGCAAUGGGAGAACGGUGGUAAUGGAGAGGGGGGCGUGGAUGUUGUUUGUGCCACCAUAGCCUUUGGCAUGGGCAUAGACAAAGCAGAUGUCAGAUAUGUCAUCCACUAUGAUUUACCACAUAGUUUAGAAGGCUACUACCAAGAGACUGGGCGAGCUGGAAGGGAUGGCGCAGCGUCGCGCUGUAUUCUUUAUUACUCACGAGAAGAUGCAUAUCAGGCCCAAAGACUCGUCGCAGAUUCUCACAUCAAACGCCAAACCUCUGCUGAAGAAAUGAACGGUCCGCAGCCGAGCCAGCGGUCUAUCAACAGCUUCAGCACUCUCAUCGACUUCGCUGAAAACGUCAACAUCUGCCGGCAUGUGCUGAUCUGUAGAUAUUUUGGCGAAGUAGUCGAUAUUUCUGACCGCGAUCAGCUACAAAGCUACUGUGAUGGGAUGUGCGAUGUCUGCAAAUACCCUGAAAAGACAAGACGGCGAAAACAGGAGCUGACGUCCGAGGAGCUGACUUUUGCUGAAUAUAGCUCUAAGAAGCCAGCGAGUAAAGCGGGCCAAAUCCGGAGCAACGACGCACACGACUCUGCUGCGCCGAAACGGUCCGCAUUUGAGCCAGGUAACUCUGAACGGCGUAAUAAGAAAGCGAAAACAAGCGAAGCGUUGCCUCCUGCCAUAGUCACGAAGCCCCAUUCGUCUGAGAUCAACCUUAAAAAGCCGUUCAAGACUCCAUUCAUGAAGACGGAAGAAACAUGUGCGACUGACGAACACGUUGGUCAAUCGGAUGAAGCUUCGAUGAUUGAAGAUGAAGUCCCAGAUAUUGACGACACUAGCGAUGACAUGGAGGAUGUGAAGUUUUCAAAGCCUAUGAGGCGUCGGCAGACGCCUCCGACAAAAAUUCCAAUAAGGGUCGAUGAAUCACCCAAGUCAGAUACUGAGAUCGGCAUUCCUAAUAUCAAGGCUGAGCUAGAGGCAGACUUCUCCAAGAAAAUAUCGGUAACUUCACGAUCCCAGAAACUGGACACAUUUUCUCAUUGUCAUUGCCAGAUCGGCCUUCGUGAAAGUAGUUACCAAGACAUUCGGAAAGCACUCUUCAAUCUAAUGACAGACCGAAGAUGGAGAUUUUUGAAAGAUACCCCUUCCUUAAACAGCGACAGGAACGGCACGCUAGCGAAGGUUGCGACUCGCUUAGAAUAUGCUGUUCACAUGAUGUCGGCGACAGAUGGCGGAUACGAGGAGCGUGCGUCGUCGAAGGUUCAGGCAGUGGAGCUCUUGGGAAAGCAUGAUAGUCUCUGGGCAGAAACAGCCGGCACGACGACUGAUGAGGAGGAUGCACAGGAAUGCGCAGAUGCGUUCGUGUGGAAGUGUAUAUUUCUUGAAUUCGGGGGAAUGUUCAAUUUGCGCGAAGGAUGUUCCAAAGACAUGCUCCUUCCUCGCGUUGGCCCAUCAGAUCUAGCGCUUGCGGUCGAUCGCUGCCAUAUUUGAGCGAGAACGCAGCGGACGUGCCGCCAAAAGUGAACUCUAGUGAUUAGUCUGAAUUAACGUUUUUCAAGAUAACUUCGAUAUGUGCAAGACAUACUGCCGUCGCUGCCAAACCGAUUGGAUAUAAUUACUAUCACUUCGCGUCCAGCAUUUGUAGUAGCAGAUUCAACAUCGGAUGUCAGUGCAGGGGCUGCCCAAAGAGGUCGCAGACGCAUUGCCCAGUAGUUAACGGUUUGCAAUUGGGGUACGGAAACAUCUUCCUCUAUAACGGCUGGCUCAUCCCCGUCAU